AUAGUGCUCAUUUUCCAUCCCUAAUCGCUGUCGUUUUGUGUUUUUAGACCGCCGAAAAAUCGAAAUUAUAAGUGCUAAAAGGGCCAUUAACCGCGAAUCAUUUAACAAUAACAAUUCAUUAGAGUGCAAUUUGGGUUUGAGCGGGCCGAGCAUCGGAAAAACGAGUCGCGCCUAAAAACACUUUCCGCCGCAACCACAACACCAACACACCCACAAAGGCUACAAAGUCGCGUCAUCAGUGGAAGUGGAAGCAGUGGGCGAGUAGCAGUUUCCAGCUCCAGUUCAAAUCCUUUAAAACAUGGACAGCAAGGGUCGCAAUGUCAUCGUCUGUGAUAACGGCACAGGGUUCGUCAAGUGCGGAUAUGCCGGCAGCAAUUUCCCCACCUUCAUCUUUCCAUCGAUGGUUGGACGGCCCAUAAUUCGGGCGGUAAACAAAAUCGGCGACAUCGAAGUCAAGCAGGAUUUACAUGUCGAUGAUCUGAUGGUCGGCGAUGAGGCGUCACAGUUGCGAUCGCUGCUGGAGGUCUCCUAUCCGAUGGAGAAUGGUGUGGUUCGCAAUUGGGAUGACAUGUGCCACGUGUGGGACUAUACAUUUGGGCCAAAGAAAAUGGAUAUCGAUCCUACGAACACAAAGAUUCUGCUGACAGAGCCACCAAUGAAUCCCACAAAGAAUCGCGAGAAAAUGAUAGAGGUGAUGUUUGAGAAGUAUGGCUUUGACUCCACGUACAUUGCCAUCCAGGCUGUGCUGACGCUAUACGCCCAGGGUCUGAUCUCGGGCGUGGUGGUUGACUCCGGUGAUGGCGUAACGCAUAUAUGUCCCGUCUACGAAGAGUUUGCCCUGCCCCAUCUGACGAGGCGACUGGACAUUGCCGGCCGCGAUAUCACCCGCUACUUGAUUAAGUUAUUGUUACUCCGUGGCUAUGCUUUCAAUCAUUCCGCUGACUUUGAAACUGUGCGCAUCAUGAAGGAGAAGCUCUGCUACAUUGGCUACGACAUUGAAAUGGAGCAGCGUUUGGCCCUGGAGACGACGGUGCUUGUCGAGUCGUACACACUGCCCGAUGGUCGUGUAAUCAAGGUUGGUGGCGAACGAUUCGAGGCGCCAGAGGCACUGUUUCAGCCGCACUUAAUUAACGUCGAGGGACCAGGCAUUGCGGAACUCGUCUUCAAUACCAUUCAGGCAGCGGAUAUUGAUAUCCGGCCGGAGCUUUACAAGCACAUUGUUCUGUCCGGUGGCUCCACCAUGUAUCCGGGUCUGCCCAGUCGGCUGGAGCGAGAGAUCAAGCAGCUAUAUUUGGAGAGGGUACUCAAGAAUGAUACGGAAAAGCUGGCGAAAUUUAAAAUACGCAUCGAGGAUCCGCCACGACGCAAGGAUAUGGUCUUCAUAGGCGGCGCCGUUCUGGCCGAGGUGACAAAGGAUCGUGACGGCUUUUGGAUGUCCAAACAGGAGUACCAGGAACAGGGCCUCAAAGUAUUGCAAAAACUCCACAAGAUAAGUCACUAAGAGUCAACCGGAUAGAGAGCGAGCAGAGUGUGAGCGAGAGGAUGAGAUGAGAUCAAUUGUAGCAAUUUGUGUCGGCUAGUUUCUAUAAGUUACAAAUCCUUCAGUUUAGCGUGAGAUGUAUUUGUCCAUUUGUGUGUGUUUUUUGUGUGCCUGUGGAGCAGGACUGUGUGUGGUCCGCUUGUCUUCCGAUAUACGAUAUCCGAUUCCGAGUCCGUACAGCUCAUGCUCAGCCCCUCCUUGGUACCAUUGAAUUGUAAUAUUUCUUUAUAGCAGCCGCGACCCGAAAAUUGUGUAAACCUUGAAUUAUACAUAUAUUUAAUUGCUUAUUAUUAUUACGUCUAAAACGUCCCCAAAAAGUCAAAACCUGCCCCCCCUUUAAAUUGUUUUUUGCUACCGAUAUAUAUAUAUCUAUUUUUGUAAACAAAAGCAACUGUUUCAUUUUGUGCGAGUAUUUCCCAAUUAAAAGUAUUGUAUUAA